CACGAACAAUCAGAUUGUCCAUCGCUAAUGCGGUCUUCUGAAAACGUUUUAUUUUGGAAAAAGUUAUUAUAGGGAAAAUUGUGUUAAGAACUCAUUUGCAAUGUCAGACAAUGAGUAUGAACGCUUUGAGAUCACCGACUAUGAUUUGGACAACGAAUUCAAUAUAAACAGACCCCGCGGCAGGCAGAGCAAGCACCAGCAAAUUUAUGGUAUUUGGGCCGAUGGGGAUGACAGUGAGGAGGAUGAAGGAAGCCGCCCAUCGCGAUCCCGAAGUCGGGCUCCAAAGGAUUACACUAUGCCGGUCAAUUUUGUGGCAGGGGGAAUCCAACAAGCUGGCAAAAAGAAGAAGAAGAAGGCCAUUGAAGACGGCAACGAUGGCGAUGACAAGGAUAAAGAUGACAAUGAGGAAGCGGAAAACAGCGAUGCAUCCAGUGAAAAUGCCCGUCCUGCCUUUGGGAAUCAGAAAAGUACCGAUGAGUCUUCUUCGGCGGAUGAGCAAAAGCCCACAAUGGCCAAAAUAAAACAAACCGCCGGACUGAGACAUCGCUCGCAUAUAGCCAGUGAUCGUAAUGUGGGAGCGUGGGAACAACAUACCAGAGGCAUUGGCGCCAAAUUGUUGCUUCAGAUGGGCUACGAGCCAGGCAGAGGUCUCGGCAAGGACCUGCAAGGUAUUUCCCAGCCUGUGCAGGCGCAUGUAAGAAAAGGUCGAGGCGCCAUAGGAGCAUAUGGACCGGAGACAGCAGCCAGUGUGGGUGGCAAACCAAAAUUGAGCAUUAAAGUCGACGAAGAUGUACAAGAGGCCAAGGAAUUCAAAGAGCAGAUGAACAAAUGGCGCAAAGGCGGGGCAGCAGGAUCAGCAGCCGACAGUCAAGAAAAGGCAGGCAAACGUUACUACUACAAAUCCGUCGAAGAGGUCAUAGCCAAGGGCAAAAAGUCCCAACAUUUGUUAUCCGAGAAAUUGAGCAAAAAAUUGGGCAAUGUGCCAGUAAUUGAUAUGACGGGACCGGAGAAACGUGUUCUCAGUGGUUAUCAUGCCCUGGGUCAGGCUAAAGUUGCAAUCGAUGAUGUUGAGGAGAAACCAAGUGGAGUCUCCGCCUUUGCCAUGCCGGAAUUGACCCACAACCUGCAACUUUUGGUCAGUCAAUGCGAACAACAAAUCAUAGCCAUAGAUAAAUCCGAGCGUGAAUCCUCCAGCCAGCAGCAGGCAUUAGAAAUUGAAUACAAACAUCUCGAGGAGAUAGUCCAACUGGAACAGAAUCACAUUAAAACACUCGAAGAGGCUUUACAAAGAGUGGACAAGCUGAGUGAAGAUCCCGACAUAAGUCUAUCGGAGGCGGAACACUUAUUCCUCGAACUCAUCCAUGAUUAUUCAUCGGAAUUCAAGGAAUUUGGUCUGGCCGAUUUGGCUGCCGGCGUAAUAGCUCCAUUAAUGAAGAGAGAACUAUCCAGCUGGCAACCUUUGGAGCAACCUACUAAACCCCUGCAGCUUGUUAAGAAAUGGCGAAGCAUGCUUCAAGACAAGGAUCUCACCGAACAAAAGUCACGCAAUGUCUUUGAUCCGUACUCGUCAUUGAUCUGGGCCGGAGUGAUGCCAUCGUUUCGUACCUGUGCCGCCAAUUGGCCACCAAAGGAUUACUCGCCCAUGGCUGCUCUACUCGAUGCUUGGGCCCCGUUAAUGCCCACAUGGGUGCUCGAUUCGGUGUUGGAGCAACUCAUUCUGCCGCGAUUGGCCAAAGGUGUACAAGAAUGGGAUCCCCUCACUGAUACUGUUCCCAUUCACAGUUGGAUUCUACCUUGGCAUGGCAUUUUGGGUCCCAAACUGGAAGAAUCCAUAUAUCCUCAGAUAAGAAGUAAACUUGGUGCAGCCUUGCAAUCCUGGUCGCCAGCAGAUCGUUCGGCCCGUGCCAUGCUAACACCUUGGCAACAGGCAUUUCCCGAAGAUGAAAUGGUUCAUUUCCUUUUGCUUCACAUUAUUCCCAAAUUGCAAAUUGUUCUCGGUGAAUUCAUUAUCAAUCCAUUGCAUCAAGACUUGGAAAUGUGGCAUCAAGUUUGGGAAUGGAAUGAAUUGAUACCACCCAUGCAUAUGGCCAAUUUGUUGGAUAAACAUUUCUUUCCACGCUGGAUGCAGGUCCUGGUAUUAUGGUUAAAUCAAUCGCCUGACUAUGCGGAAAUAUCUCGUUGGUAUACUGGUUGGAAAGGUAUGCUAAGUGAAGGAUUAUUGCGUGAACCCUCCGUAAAAGAGCAUCUACGACGUGCUCUGGAAAUGAUGCAUCGUGCCACAGAUGCCUUGCUGCAACCAGCAACGGCCACACCACCGCCCCCAGUGCCACCAGCUCCGCCAGCUGCUGUUCUCCUGCCGCCUGUUAUGCUUAUGGAACAACCCGCACAAUUGGAAUUCAAAGAGUUGGUCUCACAGAAAUGUGCCGAAUUGGGCAUCAUUUUUGCCCCACUACCCGGUCGUCGGGAACUUGGCAAGCAGAUUUAUCGCGUUGGCAAACUUUUUUGCUAUAUUGAUCGAAAUGUCUGCAUGUUGAGCGAUGGCAACCUUAGCAAUUGGCAACCUGUGGGCCUUAAUCAACUAUUAGAACGUUCACAAACAGGAAUACUUUAGAUAUAUAACUCAAAUAUCUAAAAUUAGCUAUUGGUUAGUUUCUCGUAAACUUUAUUUUCUAUAGUUUGAUGCUUAAGAUUUAUUGUUUAAGAAUUUUUUAGUUGUUCUGUUGACAAAUGUAAAUAAAUCAAAUAUUUUAUAAUAUACUCAGUCAUUUAUACAAAA